ACGAAGUAGAGGCAAGAGGGCAGAGAGCCUUGAGUCUUCACUCACCAAGUCACCAUCCAGUCCAAGAGUCCGCACCGGAUCGACGAACAUUUCCAUCUUUUCCACUCAGUCGCAACUGAAAUGGUUCUCACUACGCGCCAGAGACGCCCUUUACCUUCCGAUCCUUCAUCCUCGUCGUCGGAGAGUUACUCGAAGGUCGAUAAACAGGGGCGAUCGGAGGAGGGUCAGGACAAGGGGCUGCGGUGGUUCCUGCCGCUGUUCGCCCUGGGAAUGCUACGGUACAUGAGCGCCACUUCAAAUAUCAUACACGACUGCGAUGAAGUCUUCAACUACUGGGAGCCUCUCCAUUUCCUUCUUUAUCAGUCUGGAUUCCAGACAUGGGAGUACAGUUCGCAGUUUUCUCUUCGUUCGUAUCUAUACAUUGUCUUGCAUGAAUUGGUGGGUCGACCAGCUUCCUGGUUUUUCAGUGAUGAAAAGGUGAGAGUGUUCUAUGCAGUAAGACUAUUUCUUGGUCUCCUCUCUGUUAUUGCGGAUGCUGUUCUGGUAGUGGCUCUUUCGAGGAAGUAUGGAAAACGAAUUGCUUCUUAUGCACUUGCAAUGCUAUGUUUAACCAGUGGUUGUUUCUUUGCCAGCACAAGUUUUUUGCCAAGUUCAUUUUCUAUGUAUGCCUUGAGUCUCUCAUCAGGAUUAUUUCUCCUGGAAAAACCUGCGUUGGCUGUCGCUGUUGCUGCUACUGGUGUCAUACUUGGCUGGCCAUUCUCAAUCUUAGCUUUCCUGCCAGUCACGUACUACUCUUUGGCUAAAAAAUUCAAACGUACCUUUUUAGCUGGGUCUGUCACCUCUAUUCUUCUGCUUGCACUCUCAGUACUUGUUGAUUAUUACUACUACAGACGAUGGACAUCAUCUGUUUUGAAUCUAUUGAUAUAUAACAUUGUAGGAGGAGGCGAGAGCCAUCUUUAUGGGACUGAAGGACCAUUGUUUUACUUGAGGAAUGGAUUCAACAAUUUUAACUUUUGCUUUGUACUCGCGUUGCUCUUUUUGGUAAUUCUGCCAAUUACGAGGAAGAAGUAUACCCCAGAUUUACUGAUUGUGGUCUCUCCUCUUUAUAUUUGGCUGGGGUUUAUGUCUCUGCAGCCACAUAAAGAAGAAAGGUUCCUAUAUCCAAUAUACCCUCUUGUUUGUGUUGCUGCUGCGGCGGUCAUCGAGAACUUUCCUGAUCUUUUCCGAGACAAGCAUAAUCCUCAUGAUAAUUCUUGGAUUGUUAUGACAGCCAAAAUUCUUAGACCAGUGACUCUUAGCCUGAUAUUAUGUGCCUCCCAUGCACGUACGUUUUCACUGAUAAAUGGUUAUGCUGCUCCUUUGGAGGUUUACAAGAUCUUGGAGCACCAUGAUGAGGCAGGAAAAGGUUCUGUACUUUGUGUGGGAAGUGAAUGGCACCGAUACCCUUCAUCAUUUUUCGUUCCUGAUUAUGUAAGUGAAGUUCGUUGGAUUGAUGAUGGCUUCAGAGGUCUACUUCCAUUGCCUUUCAAUUCUACCCUUGGUGGCACCGCAGCAGCUCCUCCAUAUUUCAACGAUAAGAACAAGGCAUCAGAUGAGCAAUAUAUCCGUGAUCUUGAUGUUUGUACCUUCUUAGUUGAGCUGCACCUCAACAGGCCUUAUCUUUACCGUGGGAGUGACCUCGGAACGUGGGAGCCUAUUGCAGCAUUCCCUUACCUGGACAGAGAAUUUUCACCUCCGUUAUACCGGUCGUUCUUCAUCCCGUAUCUCUGGCAGCAGAAGAAUUCUUUUGGCUUGUACAAGCUCUUUAAAAGAAUUCCCAAAUGAAUGACAUUGCUACUUGAUACUUAUAGAGUUGUUCAUGAUGAUUGUCCCCAACUCACACUCAUACCCCCCCUGUAAACCCCCUUACCCAUGAACACAAGACCGGCGGCCCGCUUAUUCUGUAAUGAGAUUUUGAAAUAGCGAAAGACGAGUAGGUUUUUGUUGUGAAUUCACUAAUAUAUGGUCUGUUCUUCAUAAUUAAGUUCGUGGUGUUUUUGUGAAA